UAAAGCGGCGGGGAAAGAGGGGGAGGGGAGGUACUUUGUAUAAUUGUACUGGCUUAUGGCAAAAAUAAAAUAUCUGUUAUAUAGCAAAAAGCAACGAUAAAAACUCGUAGAGUGUGAUCUGUAUGAGGUACUUGCCAGUAAUGCUCAGGCCCAAUUGAUGCCCAUCACCAGCGCAUUUUGUCCAAGUAUCGGAAUGACUCGUAUUAUCCUUUCCUCUCUCGGCCUCCGUGUCUCUUUCUCUCACUUUCUACUUUACCUCAGCUUCAUCCAAUUCUCUCCUUUGUCCUCGCCUCUUUCCCUUCGUCUCUUUCUCUCCUCUGUUUCUCCUUCUCAAACCAUGACGCAUUUCUCGCCGCGAUUGUCCUCUGUUGCAUUCUUGAAAGCUCCCACUCCGUCCAUCAUCCCACUGACAUCGUUGCGCUCCCAUCACUCCUCCGGCUUUCUCGUCGCGAAAACAGCUCCUUUGCCUCCGUGAUCGCGUUAUUGCCAGCUAUAAAACCUUGAAGGGUUAUCGCUCUCGAUAGUACAAGUUCCGUCUCUCCUCUCCUCAAUCCUACGCUCGAAGAUCAUAAUCGAACAAGCGACGGUUCUUGGGGAAG